CAGAGGGAAGGAGAUUUCUCUUUCCUCAUGGUGCCUGAAUCCGUAGAAGAAGGGGGUUGGUUAUUUGCAAAAGUCUGCAUUUCUCAUGGAUGUCACGGAUUCCGCCACCACCACUCUUCCACCGCCACCGCCAUCCUCUGAAUCCGCCCCUCUUCUCUCUGAUUCCACUCUCCAACAAGCUUCUCCUCAGGAAGAUCAUUGUGUAGCAUCCAUAACUGAAGAUCAUGAGGUAACCUGUUGGGGCUGUGGAUUGUGCCUUAUUCUUUCACCAUAUACACCCAUUUUCAAGUGUGGUUGGUGUGGGGCCAUAACUAAUCAUAAUGCACGUAAAAUUGAUAAUACGUACUUUUGGUGGAGACGUUUGCGAGACAGGUGCUUUGUCUGUGUUCUCCUACUCUUCAUGCUGUUCAUUAUAGGUGGCGGUAUCUGGGCUAUUUAUCCUAUUGUCUUUUCCUUCAGUUAUUUUUGUGGCAUAUUUCAUAUGACUCUAUCGAUUAUCUUAUCGGUAACCACAAUUGCUACUUACUUCCUUGCGGCAUUCCGAUCUCCUGGGAUACCUCCACUCAUACCCUGGGGUAGUUACCCAGCGGUGGGAAAAGGUGGUCUCGACGGUUAUACCUUUUGUAACUACUGUUCAAAGCCAAAGUCACCUAAUAGUCAUCAUUGUCGUUCGUGUGGAAUGUGCGUAUUGGACAUGGAUCAUCAUUGCCCCUUUAUUGGGAAUUGCGUCGGUGCUGCAAAUCAUCGAGUCUUCAUCAUCUUCCUCAUCUCAGCAGUGAUAAGUAACCUUUAUGUUUCGCUCAUAUCUUCGUUCACAGCAUUUCAUAUCUGGCCACCCAUAAGACAGGUUCCUAUCGCAGUUCUCAGCAGUCCCUCCGACUACAUGUUGGUUUACAGUUUCCUCAAGGAAACCGCACUCUCGUUUUCUACAUCCGUAGAGUCUUUAUCCCUCCGAGGUUUCAUUCUAAUUUACCUUUUUCUCGCAAGUGUUUCAGUCGAAAUUGGAUUAGGCGUGCUUUUGUGGCAGCAACUAUCAUAUGUAUACCAAGGAAAGACGUAUCUAAGUCACUUGAGUUCUCGUGGCACCAACCGAGCUUCCAAAAAAGACUGCCAAAAUAUCGUUCGAUUCUUCGGGUGCCCUUAUUCGGCAACUAGAUGUCUGCUCGGUUUUUGGAAUUCCCGAAAGACUCACAAGAAGUGAAGCGUACCGUUUUUUAGACGCCUCAGAUGUAUUCCUGCCUUAGCUUAAGUAACAUAUACGAGAAGGGUGUCAUGAGGUCCCUUGUUUUAUGUUGUAAAAGUAAGAAACUUUGUGACUGAUCAAAGAGAUUCUUUAGAACAGAUCUCUGUUCAAAAAGAUUUGUUUGAUUAUUUACUAGAGUAAGAUAGGGUUUGAC